AUGAAGGAAUGCCACUAUUCAGUUUUACAGGUUGAUUACAAAGCAACUUUUGAUGAGAUUCGUCAAUCAUAUAAACAAUUAUCAUUAAAAUGGCAUCCUGACAAAAAUAGAAAUAAUGUUGAAGAAGCUACUCAUAGAUUUCAACUGAUAGCAGCAGCUUAUGAGGUACUGAGUGAUCCUAAUGAGAGAGCUUGGUACGAUUCUCAUAGAAAGCAGAUACUAUCAGAGGGAAAUACAAAAAUGUAUAAUGAAAAUGAUCCAGAUUAUGAUCCAUCUGAAAUGAAUUUAUGGAAGUAUUUUUCAAGAGAUGUUUUUGAAGACUUUAAUGAUGAAAAGAAUGGAUUUUAUACGGUUUAUAGUAAAUUAUUUGAGGAUAUUAUAGAAGAAGAAAUUAAAUAUCUAUCAAAAGAUUCGAGUGAUUAUACAUUUUGGAAGAAUGCUAAUAAAUUUGGAGAUAGUAAAACAAACCUGGAAAUUGUUAUGGAAUUUUAUAGUUUUUGGAGUAAUUUUUCAUCUACACGUACAUUUUCUUGGAAAGAUAUAUGGAAUUUGAAUCAAGCUCAAAAUAGGCAAAUAAGAAGAGCAAUGGAAGCUGAGAAUAACAAGGAAAGAAAGAAAGGUAAAAAAGAGUACAAUGAAACAAUUAGGAAGCUUGUAGAGUAUGUUAAGAAGCGUGAUCCAAGAGUCAUUUCUUAUAUGAGGAAUAAGUCUGAGAAAAUUAUGAAAUUGCAGAAAGAGAAAGAAAUACAGAAAAAAAUGGAGGAGGAGGUGAGAAGGAGAGCAAGAGAUGAAGCUAGAAUUGAAGAGAUGAAAAGAAUGGAGGAGUUGGAUGCCGAGAGAAGGGAAUUGUACGGGAAUGAUUGUCUUCAAGAAGGCGAUCGAGAUAUUGAAUGCUAUGAGACUUUCAUUUACACUUGUAAAUUAUGUAAUAAAACUUUUAAAAGUGAGCAACAACUUAAUUCCCAUAUUAAGAGUAAGAGACAUAUCUCCAAACUUAAUGAUUUGAAGAAGAAUGACCCAAAAAAGUUUGAUUCUUUUAUGAAUAAGGUCGAUAGUACAGAAGAAACAGAUGAUAAUCAGGCAGAAUCUGAUUCUUUAGAUAAUGAAAAACAAAGUGAGAACAUCUUUAAUUCUAGGUUUGGACCAGAAGAAAGAGAAGAAGCGAGCUCUUUAGACGAUGAUAGGAAACUUCCAGAGGAGAGGGUGGAUAAAGAAGAGGAAAACGAGAAAGAUGACGAAGACGAAGAAGAGGAAGAGGAAGAGGAAGAGGAUGACGAAAUCAGUGUUGAAAAGAUCACAGAAAUGAUGGACAAUUUAAACAGAAGGAGCAACAAAGGUAAAGGCAGGUUAAAUAGUUUUGAGGACUCAGCAAACAUGGAGGAUGGAGUUGAAACGGUAAAAGGUAGUAAAAAAUCAAAAGGGAAGAAAAAGGUUGAUAAAACCACAAAAAGAAACACUAAUAAUAAUAAUAAUAAUAAUAAUAAUAAUGUUAAUAAUGACAAAGAAAUUAUGUGGAAAUGUUUAGUUUGCAACCAAGUUUUUGAGUCAAGAAACAAGUUAUUUAUUCAUGUAAAAGAAAAAAAUCAUGCUCAAAUAAAGAGUAACAGCAAUUAUAAGAAUUCAAAAGUUAAAAAGUAA